CUUGGCAGAGGCGCAGCAGUGCGCCGCGCUCCUCCUCCUCCUCUCUCUCUCUCUCCUGGUGCGCACAGAUCCUUGAUUAACGCGUGUGAUGCCAAGUGAGACGCAUCUCCAGUACUGACGGAGAAAAUAUCCGAAAUAAAUAAACUAAUGUUUUUCUUUUUUUGUUUUGGGCACUGGGAGACAGUCACUUACCACUUCUCCACUCUGCUCGCCAAGUGAGAUGGGACACGGAUGCAGAGUCCGUUAUUUUUCACCCCUCUAGAGACCCAGACGAAAUUGGACAGAAGCUGUGAUUUGAACUCUCUGUAACUCCGAAUCCAAAGUAUGGAUCUUUACGAGCAAAACGAGACCUCCACUUCCUCCGAGUGCGCCGGAGCGCAGGCGGACGCGCUCCGGGGUAACGGGAGCUUCGAGACAUCGAACCUCACCUGCGGCAACGCCUUCACACACCUCACACCUCGGCGUGUGAGGCACAGAGAUGAAGACCACACGCUGCGCAUCCUGCUCUACUCGCUCAUCUUCUUCCUGAGUGUGUUCGGGAAUCUGCUGAUCAUCGUGGUGCUGACGCUCAACAAGCGCAUGCGCACCGUAACCAACACUUUCCUGCUGUCACUCGCCGUCAGUGACCUGAUGAUGGCCGUGUUCUGCAUGCCCUUCACCCUCAUCCCGAGCAUCCUCAAGGACUUCAUCUUUGGAGCUGCCAUGUGCAAGAUAGUGUCCUACUUCAUGGGCCUAUCCGUGAGCAUCUCCACGUUUAGCCUGGUUGCCAUAGCAAUUGAGCGCUAUAGCGCCAUCUGUAACCCCUUGAAGUCGCGGGUGUGGCAGACCCGGUCCCACGCCUAUCGGGUGAUCGCUGCCACAUGGGUGCUGGCCUUCAUCAUCAUGAUCCCGUAUCCGAUCAUCAGUCACCUGGAAACCUUUCAGCGCCCCGACAACACCACAGCGCACCAGUGUCGCCUCAAGUGGCCACUGCCAAUCGCCCAGCAGACCUGGUACAUUCUGCUUCUGCUUGUGCUGUUCGCGAUCCCGGGGGUGGUGAUGAUUGUGGCUUACGGACUGAUCUCCAGGGAACUUUACAGAGGCAUCAGGUUUGAGAUGGGCCACAAGAAAGACUCUACUGAUGUGAAAAAUGGCCUGACCUCUACUGUUUCUUGUGGGAGUGACGAUGGAGACGGCUGCUACGUUAAUGUCCAGCGGCCACUCGCAAUGGAGAUGUCCACCAUGGUCGCAUCGGCCCGCCCGGUCAAGGCAGAGCGGCUACGCAGCAACACAUCUGAGGCCAAGCUGGAGGCCAAGAAGCGAGUCAUCCGCAUGCUGGUGGUCAUCGUUGUACUUUUCUUCAUCUGCUGGAUGCCCCUGUACUGUGUCAACACGUGGCGGGCUUUUGACGACAUCUCCGCCACGCACGCCCUCUCGGGUGCCCCGAUCGCUUUUAUCCACUUGCUGUGCUACACCUCGGCCUGCGUCAACCCAAUCAUUUACUGCUUCAUGAACACACGUUUCCGCAAAGCCCUGCUCGCCACGUUCUCAUGCUGCGCCGCGCCUUGCCACCGCCGCCGCCGUCGUGGGUUACGGGACAAUGAGGAGGAUGUUAUGGCAACGGGGGCGUCCAUGUCUAAGUUCAGUUACACUACAGUCAGCACCAUGGGAACCUGCUGAGGCAGAUGAAUGCAGGCACAGUCCAGGAGAGACAGUUGCUACGGCAACACAGCACCCCACAUCCUUUUACUUUAGGCCAACUCUGUGCUCGUCCCCACGAGAUGUGAUGCGGAGUGAAAAUAUAAACAGGCCGUGUGAUGUAGCUGCGUAGAAGUUUCUCAUGAGUGUGUGUAAAAUUAUGUAGCGAUUAUUUAAUGAAACCCAUCUCAGUGUAAAUACCUUCGGAGGACCAAGACAAAUGAUUUGCUUGGAAGCAGGGUGUCCGUGUGUGUGUAAUGUGCGCACAGAGGAAAUGAGUGGCGGUGAGCUGUGUGAUAUGUGAGGGACAAACAACUGUAGCCAUUAAAAUCUUUUUAUUGUUUGCUGUCAGUUGUUAGUGUUAAUCUGUGUUAAUGAUGGUAACGCGAUUGCCUUGUGGACCAAGUGCCUGCUACUAAAGACUAUGUUAUGUUUGUCUGCCCUUGAUUUGCCUCACACAUGGAAGUCGAGUUUAAACUAAAUGAAAGUUAGGAAUUUCCUCCGACGCCUCUGGUGAAUUAAUCAGUUGGUCUGUUCUACACAACUGCGUGGUUUGCAGAAAAAAAAAACUCCAGAGGUAUAAACCGUUUACAGAACAUGGACAGUGUUGAUGCCUUGUGUUGUGGUUGUAAACUGUGAUUUUAGUCACCUUUUUCUAGCUUUUUGAUUUUUUUUUUUUUUGUAUAUGCUGCAAUGCUUGUUUAUAUAUAAUGUGUCCUUUCUGCUGACCACAUUUGAACUGGGUCUCUUCCUCAUAUUAGGGUCUCACGGCUGAAGAUAGUAAAUCAGCAUAACUGAUAACCCUAACCCAUCACUUUGGGGAGAUCAUCUGGAAUCACAUCUGAGGGAUUUUAAGAGAAUAUUCAAUGGCCCCUACAUUGUUUUAUUCCUGAUACCGAGAGAGAAACUCCAUGAACUCCCCUGAGAAGAGAAAAGGCGAAAAGGACAAACUAUGAGUUUUAAAAGAUGUUUAAAAGAUUAAUGUUAUAUAUUAGAGAGAAUUGUUGCCAAUGAACACACUUGACACUUGUGCAUUUAUCUAUCGGCAAACAGUAUCUUUUUUAUUAAAUACACAUCAGAAUGACAAAACAAUUGACAAUAGCUCUACCACUGAAUAUUAAUGUCAUGUAAUGUAAUGAAGUUCAUGGUAUUAGUAGAGCUUAGAGCUAUCAGUGCACAAACAACCCACCACAGCUACUACGUCCGACAGUACAGUAACCUAUAUGUGCAGUAAAAUGUUACCAUUUUGUUAUUAUAUACGUUCUGUAUGACAACACUGAAGAGUGACUUUUGUGCACAGUAAGUUCUCUGCAGGCUUACAGUGCGUUUUGAGAUAACACGAGGAUCAAGCUCCUGCAGCAUUAGGAAUAAGUUGGGUGACUUGUUGUGGUUGUUCAGCCGACCUGCAGGUUACAGAGAGACAGCCAGGUUUCAAAGGUCUCUGGUCGAGCACGCCUGACUCUGACUGCCACCCCCCAACUCACGUCGCAGUAAUUGGGUUACGACCUCAACUCUGCCAGACUGAGAGGAUGAGCAUAUUUUUCUGAGUGCACCAAAGCACAAUGCUGUCAGACUCUCAUCUAUAGAUGUAUGAGCCGCACUUGUGGGCAUUUUUUUUGCGGAAAGAUUCUACAUCAGUCUGAAGAUUUCGUUUAUUGUGUGUCAAUCAUACUGAUAUAUUACUGCAGGGGACUAGCACUACAGUGUGCAUGGAGCUUCAUCUGCAAAAACCUCUUUUUGUGUUGUGGAAAAUCUAGCAAGUGACAUACCAAGUCUCAAGCUUAUGUGCUAAUUAAUUAUUAUUAAUUAUCUGCUACUCCUGGUCCUAUAUCAAAACAUUUAAAAUAAUGUCUGUCUGUAUUUGACUCAUUCAUCUCAAGAACAAUUUGUGUGUAUUGUUAAGGGCCCAAGGAAGUGCAGUGUUGAAUUUGGUGCAAUUAGGACACAUGAUACUCAUCAAGUGACGUUGUGCGAUCACAACAACGGGCACGUUCACGACCACGUCAACAACAGUUCUCCAGUUGUGGGUUCUGCGUGCCCAGAGUCGAGCUUCACUGAACUUUGAGUAAACAGGUGAACAGCUCUUUGUGCAGCAGCAGUGGCGCAGCUUCAGGUUUCUGUGGAAGUCUUCACUUACUGCAGGUCACUUUUACAGUUUCAGACAGAAAGCUGCAACCAGUAUUACCACAGGCCAAGCAAACCUAUUUAAAACAGGCAGGCUUGGAAUGAGGACUGGAAUAGUUUGUCCAAUACAGUGACACAACCUUCACUUUCACACACCUUCUAACGUAGAGAGGACAGACUACAGCUCCGUCAUCUAUAAAACACCAGACACACACUCGUCUAGCUGGUUGUCUCGAGGCUUGAUGGGGAUCAGGCUUUUGUAUGCAUGGCUUUGAGCUUAAAUAUGCUCAUACAAUAAAACCACAUUGGUUUGGGAUUGUGUUUGACAGGCUGUGUUUUGUCAAAUUGAAUUGUCUGCCUGAUCACUCAGUCCCAUUGUUACAUUAGGACAAAGCAGUCAUUCCUUUGGCUGAAGUUCUGCAGUAAAUCACAGACGGGACCUAUUCAUGUGGCUGCUUGUGUUUCACAGACUGAAAAAUACUAAAAUGCAGAUGUCUGUGCUGUUGUUUAUGAGUGACACUUGCAGUGUUUUAUUAGUUUUUUCUGGAAAGCUGCGAGACGCUGAUUUCUCUGAGGUGCCACAGGCUGUCUGACUUCAUAACUUGCUCAACAGAAUAUACUCCAGAUUAAACUGGUUAUCGUUCACUCGCUCACAACCAAUUACAGACAGAUGCCACCUAAUUAGAUUUGUUUCAGUCUUCACAAAAUGUAUUAAACAAAACGAGGAAAAUAUGUCACUGUUGUGUUUUAAGCUCGUAACUAUUCCCCUAAGAGAAGUCAAGACUUGCAACUUUUAAGGUUUGGGUUGCAACGACUAGUUCCAACCAGCGGCUGAUGAUGAGUUUUUAAGUAAAUUUAAAUGCUUGAGGCAUAACAAUUAAAAUCCCCUUUGCCUCCACUGUAUUGCAAUAUGAGCAGGAAACUCUCUGCACGGCUGGAUCAGUAAAUGUAUAACUGAUGAAUUUUGCUUUUUUGUAGUCGGUUGAUCCAAAUUAUAUAUUAUCAAUACUUAUUGACCAUGUCAGGGUUGCAGGAAGUAUAAAACCUAUAAUGUAAAUACCAUUUUUUAUUGUUAAUGCUAUGUUUUAUAGGCUACAAAAACAUUAAAAACAAAGUUUUAAGUGUACUAAUCGAUAUCAAAGAUUCUUCUCAUGUCGUUUAUCAUCAACAUCAGUUAUCAAUCAAGUUGAGCCAAGACAAUAAGGUCUUUAUAACAUAAUAAGACCUUCCUCACUCUUAUGAAUAUCAUAACCCUGUUGCUGCUUGUACCUCCCUCUCUUCAAGAAGCUGUCACUGCUUGUGCUGAGUAAUUUCUCCACUUCCACCUUCACCUCCCGCUCGUUCUAGCUUCUUACCACGAUGCUUUACGAUGACAUCUCUGAGCUUUAUCACUAUAUGGUCCGUAUCUCAGUGAAAAGUAGGGCUCUCGGGCGCCUAAUUUGUUUCUGUGCCGGAACUUUCACCGCUGCUCAGACUGAAGAGCACCCCCGUGAGCAGAGCCCAUUCCUCCAAAUAAAAACGCGACCAUUCGUCACAAUACACGGACAAAGAGUGUGGCUGAGCUCAGUGGGAGUGCUGCUGCUCAAUGAUAAGGACGCCAUCCCGAUGUGUUGAAAAAGGAAGACAGAAGAAGGGAUGGUAGUUUGAACGAGGUCAUAAUUGUUUAAUGUGAGCCGAGCUGAUGUUUGAGGAGCAAAUUUGCUUUAGUGUACAGCACUUCCAGAUGCAUCCAUUACAAAACUGUUUAGCAGAAGAGGAUUAAAUAAACAAUGAUUGAUUAUGAGACUGGCAAACAAAUGUUCUCGCUUCAAUAUCCCGGCAAUGUGAGUAAACAUACCCAUGUGAGUCCCUAUAGCUAAUAUGGUUUUGCAAGAUUGGAUAUUGUGUUGGAAAACAAACUAAAUGUAAUGUUCUCUGACCAUUUUUUACUCUUGCAAAUCUGUUUUAUAGAAACCUAACUUUGAGGAGACAGGGUUGUGUGAGCGCUGCAGCGUCUCUCGUUAGUUGAUAAUGCAGGACCUUUCUGUGCUGAUUGCACUUUUGUAAUGAAAAACAACCACAAAUGUCAACAAUUUCACAAUUUGUCAAACUACCAAAGAUACACAAUGAGUUUGGGGCGUUCAGGAUCCCUGGAGGUCCGCAAUCUCGGAACAGCCGCCAGCUUCGCCCUAUUAAUUACUUGUAGACAUUUGCUGAUAAAAUGAGGAGCUCAUUUCUGCCACAACAAAGGUUUCGUUGUCCCUUGAAAGAACUAGGGGGAAAAAUAGAAAGACAAUGUAGCCUAUUUUUAUGGCUGUCACAAACAUCUUUGCCAUUGAUUCAUCAAGAUGAACAGAUCUGGCAGCUCUCGAGGCACAUGCGCAGCAGGGUUGCAUCGUAAGUUAUGUUUUAAUAAAGUCUUCAGAGUUGUAAUAUAAUGAAGACGAAGCAGUCGUUGCAGCCGUCACAUUAUGAUCCAUGUUUACUUUGGGAGUCAUAUUGUGGAACAUGAUGAUGAGGAUUUAAGAUCCAGGGAUUUGAAAGUCAAACAUCUGGGUACCGUCUCAUUACUGCUGUUGUUUACCGUCUCUGGGUGGAUUUCGUAUUAGUGCAGCCAUCUUGUUGUGAAUGUGGGGAGACACAAAAGCUGUCUUUAGCAAGAGGCCAAUAUAACUUAUAUCUGCUCCAUAUCUGUGCACGUACCUGCUCACGUAUAUAUAAUUGUGGAAUAUGCUGUAAUUGUACCAAAAUCAGGUGUUAUUAGUAUGAAAUCCAAUGUUCUCUGUUAAUAUUUGCCCCGUGAUGAAGGAAUUAGGAGCUGAUCUUGCUUGUCAGUGACAUGGAGCAGUGUGCCAUGUUUCUUAGCAGCUUGUACAGGCCGUAGGCUCAUGUGGGAUGAGCAGGGAUAAAGGGUUAGAGAAGCAUACAAGGGCAAAUUUAUUACUCGAAUGGUCACAGUUGACAGGCCACCAUUGCCUUAAGUAUGUUUUGAGUGUACAGUAUCUGUGUGUGUGUGUGUGUAUGUGUGUGUACAGUAUGUGUUCUUCAUACAUUUACUCUGUGAAUGCAUGAGUCACUUUUGUUUGAGGCAAAGCAGAAGAUGAAAGCAUUAUAACAGUGCUGUUUCUCCAUCCAUGGAAAAGAGUUUGGGCGGGCGCCCCGGAUACUGACAGAUUCAGGGUUGGCUUGACAUUGUGAGACGUCUGUGGGUAAAUGCUAAUGAAACGGAGACUUGCCGCAGCCUCUGUCCUUUCUGAACGGCGAGAACUUUGAGAAAAAAAUAAUCAGUGGGGGAAAUUUAAUGUGAUUUGUCUUGGCUGCUUUCCACGUGUCUUCGACGAGUAUGUUCGUGCUGCUAUGACGCUGCAAGGCCUUAGGUGUUUACAUGUGGUUUGGAAUGUGUGGUUUUCCGUUCUGGUUUGUGCUCUGGAUGGAGGAGGUUCAACAGGUCUACCUCCUUUAUGACAGCAAAGAUUAAUUGCUAUUAUGAUGAUUGUUGUCACAGUUUAUUGCUUCUGACUUGGCAGACAAGAGAGACGUGCUAUCUGUCGCUGCAUUUGUAUAUUCUAUAUAUGGGGAGUUUGUGUGUAUGUGUGUGUGUGUGUGUAGGAGAAAGUGUCCGAAUCAUUAAGUAUAGAACACAGAGAAUAGGCAGAUUUUGUGGAAGUAGUGGUAUGUGGUCUUUGAGAUAUUAUGCUGACAAAUGUGGCUUAUUAAAUUAUCUCUCUCUCUCACACACACACACACAAACACAUAAACACAUGUUUGUACAACUGGGUGAUUAUCCAGCAGUUUUUUUGUGUGUAAUGUUAUUUGAUUCUAAUAAAGUCUCUAUGUCAAAUUUUA